AUAGACGGGAGCUGCACCAAGGUUCAACCCCAACAUACCGAUAUUAGCAGGGUGCGAAGAAUGUGAGAGAAGAGAAUUUGCAAACUCAGAUACACACAGAUCCUCUUCACACACAGGAGACCUUGCGCCAUCACCGGCUUUGAGUGUGUAGAGGAAAGGAAGAAGGGAACAAGGAUUGGAAGAAAAAGCUUCUUCAUGUCUGUAUUCAAACCAGUGACCAUAUGCAUCAGAGACAAGAGAGAUGGGGGGAAAGUGACCCCCCCAAAAUAUCCUUUACAACCUCAAACCAAUUUUUUUAAUACAGCAAUAGGAUGGAGCAAAAAGAAGAAUGGGAAGGAUCAAGAAGAAAACAGAUAGACUUAUGGAUGGAGCAGUAGACCAAAACGUAGAGAGACAAAGAGAUGAUAAGAUAUGUGCCAAACUUAAUUGAUAAGUAGAAACAGAGACUGAUGGACAUCUAGUACGCUUUCCUUGAACUCUCUCCUGAGGACUAGAAUGUUAAAAAAUUCUUCUGAGCAACUUACCCUGGACCAUUUCCCCAUGAUGACAUCAUCAACAAACUUUUCUUCGUGGCUACUGCUAGGUAAUGGCUCCUUAUCAGAAGGAGGUGAAUCAGCUGCAGUCCUAGGAGCUGUGUUGAGUCUGAUGUGUGUUACUGGGGUGGCCGGCAACCUCUAUGCCCUGGCAGUAGUGCGGGCCUCAGCCUCGGCCUCCUCUCUGUACGUCCACCUGGUUAACCUAGCCUUGGCUGACCUUUUGUAUCUCUUGACAGCCCCCUUCAUUGUUCAUAAUGGGCUGGUGAAAGAUUGGCCUUUUGGGGAGGCUGGGUGCCGGAUUCUGCUCAGCCUAGACCUCCUCACCAUGCAUGCCAGCAUCUUCUUGCUGACCCUGAUGAGCUGUGAGCGCUACACUGCCGUGGUGCACCCGUUCCAGGCUGCCAGCCGUGCUCGGCGAUGCAGCCGACCUCUGGCCAUUGCUGUUUGGCUCCUGUCCUUUGCUCUGGCCCUCCCCAUGAUGGUCAUGAUUCACCAGGAGGAGCGUACAAUGGGGAAUGGAGCUGGGGUACGCCGCCUCUGCUCCCCCACCUGGAGUGAGGAGCAGUACAGAGUGUACCUGAGCAUCCUUUUUGGCACCAGCAUAGUGGCACCUGGGAUAGUCAUUGGGUCACUCUACUGGCGCCUGGCAAGAAGCUAUUGGCUGUCGCAGACCCGUGGAGGCCUGGGACGUUCCCCCAAGAACCGUGUCUUCCUCCUCAUCCUUGUGAUUGUCUUGGCCUUUUGGGCCUGCUAUUUGCCCUUUUGGAUCUGGCAACUCCUUCCCCUUUACUGCCCAUCGGCAGCCCACCUGCCCAUCCACACGGAGAUCUCUGUCAAUCACCUGGUGACCUGCUUGACCUACGGGAACAGCUGCAUCAACCCUUUCCUCUACACUCUGCUCACACGCAACUACCGUGAAUACCUACGUACUCACCGACGAGGGGCUUCCUGGGGCUUUCUGCCAUGCCUCCAGAGCAGAAGCGGGUCUCAGAGGGAAGGGGCUACAGUCGCCUGAGCAGAUACAGGAACGAAGAAAUGUAUCUCAGAUGCUUCUGUCUGAGCUUUCCCUUGUCUUACAUCUUCUUCAUCCAUGCUUGAUGAAAGAAAGCGUGCCUUUGGACAAAAAUGUAGCACAACAUUCUUUGUUAAACAUUUCAUUGCUGGGGCAAAAGCAGAACUUCUGUGGCCACGUCUAGAGGCUGCUUGCCUGUUCUAGAAUAGAAUUUCCAGGUUUUUAUGCACACCAGUUUUGUAAGCAACCAAAGAGCAGAAAGUUAAACGGUAAAGGUGUUUCCUCAUCAUUUUGGUGCAUGCCAAUGGACAGUUUUAGAUUUUUGUACAGGGAUGAAUAAUACUUAACUUGGGCACCACCUAUUUCAGUGAAGUCUAUCCUGGGCUCUUAAAUCUUCAACGGGAGACCUUUUGUCAAUAGCUGCUGAAAAUAUUUGUAAUCUCAGCAUCAAACUCUACUUUUCCCAUGGCAGAUCCUAAAUUAUGAAACAAUUUGCACUGGAGUAGAGGCUCCUCCCUGUUGAAGUUUAGGAGGGGGUGAAAAAGUGUAAUUUUUUUUUAUGUUACUUGUUUUUACUGGUUGGUUAGAUUGGAUUUUAUUGUAAAUAAAUGUUUCUAAGCUGUCCAGAGCAACUAAAUGGAGUGGGUGGCAUAUCAGUGUUUAAAUAAAUUAACUAAAUAUUUCCCCAAGUUAGAAGGAUAAUUUCUCAUUGUUUUUUUUUCUCUCUCUUCUAAGCAGCCAUUCAGUGCGCACUUCAUGUUGGUUUUAUGUCUGCUUUUUAAUUUUUAUUGGGGGGAGGCAGGUAAUAGGUUUAUUUCAGGCUGGACAAUCCACAAGUCUAGGACCAAAUUCCGCUAAUGAAUAUCUCUGGUUUCUGUGGUUCCCAGA